AUGUCGCAGCCUGUGGACGCCCGGGGCAAGGCCGGGAAGAUUCUCAAUGACCCCAUUCAUGGACAUAUGCACUUUUCAGCCAAGCUCAUGGCCGUGGUCGACACGCCGCAGUUUCAGCGACUGCGCGAGUUGAAGCAGCUCGGCUCGACGUACUUUGUCUUUCCUGGCGCCAGUCACAACCGCUUCGAGCACUCUCUUGGUGUCUCACACUUGGCUGGCAAGCUAGUGCGGACGCUGGCGAGCAAGCAGCCGGAGCUGGGCAUUGAUGAUCGGGAUAUCUUUCUCGUCGAGCUCUCCGGCCUCUGCCAUGAUCUCGGUCACGGUCCCUUCUCCCACGCCUUUGAGAAGAUCAUCAACAACCUCGAGCCGGACCUCGGCUUCCACCACGAAAACAUGUCGCAGGCCAUCUUUCGUGACAUCAUGGACGAGCACGAUCUGUAUGACGAGCUCGACAUGACCGACGAGGACGUGGCCUCGGUCCUGCAGCUCAUCUCGGGCGUCAAGGACGAGGCUGCCAAGCGCGAGAAGCCGUUCCUCUACGACAUUGUGGCCAACGCUCGCAACGGCAUCGAUGUCGACAAGCUUGACUACCUCGCACGCGACGCAUACAACGUCGGCGUCAAGUCGACGUACGACUUUGAGCGGCUGUUCUCGUUCUGCAAGGUCAUCGACGGCGAGAUCUGCUUCUACGUCAAGGAGGCGUUCAACCUCUACCAGAUGUUCCACACCCGCUACUCGCUGCACAAGCAGGUCUACACACACAAGACCUCGUGCGCUAUCGAGUUUAUGAUCCAGGACAUCCUCAAGGGCGCGUACUCGUACCUCAAGCUCGCCGACGCCAUCGCCGACGGCGGCGUCAAGGCCUACCUCCGCCUCACCGACUCGAUCCUGCGGACGGUGGAGAACGCGACCGAGGCCGAGCGGGCGGCAGACAAGGGCCUCGCUACCGCGCACGCCAUCCUCACCCGCCUCCACUGCCGCCAGCUCUACGCCUUUGUCGACCAGAUCGUCCUCCCGCCCCACGCCACCUCAACCAUCCCUACCGUCGAUGACAUCAUGGCCCACCACUCGACCUCGUUCAUCAAUCUCGAUCCGGCAGACGUCAUUGUCGACGUCUUCAAGCUCAACUACUCCAAGAAGGAUGAGAACCCGGUCGACUUUGUCCACUUUUACACCCACUUUGAGUCCGAGGACAAGAUCACCAUCGCCGCCGACAAGGUCUCGCAGCUCAUCCCGUCGUCGUUCCAGGAAGUCGGCAUCCGCAUCUUCCUCCGCACUCGCGCCUCAGAUUCCAUGUACGCCGCUCGCACUGCCUUCCGCUCCUGGUGCCGUGCCAUGAAGACGACCUCGCCGUUCCCCUCUGGCCCAGUCCUCACCCGCCAGCCCUCUGCCGCAGCCUCGUCCUCUACCGCCACCGCUGUCGCCGCCGCCCGCGCCUCGCAAGCCUCGUCCAUCACCUCAACCCUCUCAUCGUCCAUCCUCUCUCUCGAUGAUGACGACGAUGACGACGACGACACCUUCCCCACCUCGCCGUCCACCCGGCGCGAUCCACCGUCUGCCUUUGGCAAGUUUGCCCCGGGGCCUCUCAAGCGGCAAAAAACGUUGUGAUGCAAGAGGAGAGAGCGAAGAGGAACGAGGGAGGAGGGUGGAAGAAGAAUCAGAGGAAGAAGAGAAAGAGGCUGAGACAGAACAUAAGAAGAGGAGAAAAUAAUCAAUAUCUCCAUCGAUUAACAUGUGAUGUGCUG